AUGGAUUUAGAGAGAAGGAGAGGAGAAUACAACAUGUCCGGAGACGGUGCUCCCAUAUUGGCAAUAUCGCACAUAAAAAAAGAAGUCGAUGGAUCGGGAUUUCUAGCAUGUUCUCCCACGAACAGCAGCACGAGCACCAAUAUAUAUUCUCCAAUGAAAACGGAGCUCCCCAAUCAAAUGGAUUAUGGGAAUUUGCAAGAAAUGAAUUGUUACGACGUGACUCAUUCGAGAUCUCCGGAAAGUCCCGAUCAACAAUUUUGCUCUUCGACGACUCAAUUCGUCGGGGAAGCUAGUGUAAAUAACGCGGAAGGAGAAAUACGGGAAGAUGAUUUACCGAGAAGACUGUGUUUAGUGUGCGGAGAUGUGGCUUCUGGUUUUCAUUACGGAGUCGCAUCUUGCGAGGCUUGCAAAGCAUUUUUCAAAAGAACUAUACAAGGUAAUAUAGAAUACACUUGUCCGGCGGCUAACGAUUGCGAGAUAAACAAACGUCGGAGAAAAGCAUGUCAAGCGUGCAGAUUUCAAAAAUGUUUGAGAAUGGGAAUGCUUAAGGAGGGAGUCCGGUUGGACAGAGUCCGGGGGGGACGGCAAAAAUACAGGAGAAACACGGAUACCCCGUAUCAAAUACAUUCUAUGCUACCCCUCAAACCCUAUCUCCCUAGUCUCGAAGACAAUAAAAUACUUGAAGCAUUAUCACUCAACGAGCCGGAUAUAUCGGUCAUGGCUCAAGAUAUAUCGAACGCGGAUCCGGCCGUAAGAACUCUAAACAUAUUAAGCGACUUAUACGAUCAAGAAUUGGUCAAAAUAAUAACAUGGGCCAAACACAUUCCGGGCUUUUUGGAUUUAACGCUCAACGAUCAAAUGAGGCUGUUGCAAAGCACGUGGGCGGAAAUAUUGACUCUCACCGUCACGUACAGAUCGCUCCCGGGAACGGGAGAAUUGAAAUUCGCCGCGGAUUUUUCGUUCGACGAAAAAAUGGCUCGCGAAUGCGGUGCCAUGGACAUUUACCAACACUGCAUGCACAUCGUCGAAAGGCAAGAAAAACUUAACAUAACGAAAGAAGAAUAUUACAUAAUAAAAGCUCUGGUUUUGGCCAAUUCCGACGUUCGCAUAGACGAUCUUCCCCCAUUGAAAAAACUAAGGGACAACAUAUUAUCGGCUCUCGCGGAUUGCGUUGCCGUUCUCCGUCCAAACACCACGUCUCUGCACAUGAAUCAUUUGCUUCUGUGUCUUCCCGCCCUCAGACAAGCGGAUUACAUAAAUAGAAGAUUUUGGACCGCCGUUCACCGCGAGGGUAAAGUUUACAUGAAUAAACUAUUUAUCGAAAUGCUUGAAUCGUACAUAAGAUAA